AAAGUUGUCUUUAAAGUCUACCAAGACAACCUCUUGAUCGACGCUGGAUUGUUUUCAGUAGCUGCUAGACACGAGGAAACCUUCAAGGGAAUAAAGGAUGGAAGUAUGGCAUCGGAAGCAAGAAACAUAACCGCCGCUCGAUAUUUUCUUCACAUUCUUAAGAGAUUGCUCUUUUGUUGAGCAUGCGAUCAUGUGUCCGAUUUCUGACAUGGCGAAGAUGCAGGAAUUGCAGGAAUUGUCACAGUCCGUGUCUCCUUCUUACAAUUCCACUGUUCCUCUGGAUUUUUUUUCGUCAACAAAGGACGCCUGUUAUUACAGUAUUUGCUCAUAUUUCCAGCAUCGAGACAGAAAACCUCCACAAAUACUCAUAUUCCAACAACUUUCCACGGAAGGGAUGCCCCCUUUCUCUCAAUACUAGUCAUUUACAAAAUGUCCAGGACUAUAAUGGUUAUACUGUGAAUAGAGUUUUAUUCCAGUGUGCGCCACCGUUAAACAUUUCUAAUAUUCGAAAGAAGAAACUGGCAUUUAUGCCUCUUCUUUAUCCUCUAGAGCUGGAUAUUGUACAAUUAGUAAAAACACAACUCGAGGGCAAGAAAAUAGUCAAUGAACCCAUCAAUCUACAUAAUUUUAACUAUAUUCACCAAGGACAAAAUAUAUGUAAAGAAUCUAACAUAUUUCUCAUUUUAGUUGUAAAAUCUAGAGUGGAAAAUUUCUUAAACCGACAUGUCAUUAGGAAGACUUGGGGCAAUAUUAGCAAUUACGAAGCUGUUAAAAUUGUCUUUCUUCUUGGUUUUAACAGAAGUGUGCAAAGACGAGUUGAUACUGAGGCUUUGAAAUAUAGAGACAUUGUACAGGAAGAUUUUUUGGACAAUUACUCGAACAACACAUUAAAAACCAUUAUGGGUUUAAAUUGGGUUUCCCAUCACUGUCGUAAUGCCCAGCUAAGCUUUUACGUAGAUGAUGACGUUUUUCUUAUCGUAAAUAAUUUCAAAAAAUUCAGGAAAUCAAGGAACCAAGGUCCUGAAAUGAUGUUAGGUAAACUUCUGUCUCAUUCUGUACCGUACCGGGAUAAUACGUCAAAAUGGUUUGUGUCGUGGGAAGACUAUCCAUUUGACAAGUACCCUAAAUAUCUUGCAGGAUACGCCUAUCUCAUGUCAGCGCUUGUUGUUAAGAAAUUUGCUCUAGCUAUACCUUAUAUCCAAACUAUUUCAAUCGAUGACACUUAUCUUGGUAUUGUAGCAGAAAAACUGAAAAUUGUGCGCAAAAAUCAGCCCGGUUUCCUGAUGAAGAAACCUGGACCAGUAUCAAACAAUGCUGUGACGAUGAAUUUUCGAAAUACAUUAGCAUAUCAUCAAAUAUCGUCCCCUGAGUCUAUGAUGCAAACGUGGAUAGAAUAUUGUAGAGAAAGUAAAUUCUGUUCACCGACGCUUGCUUGAAGGGAUGUUGGAGCAUUAUUAUCAGGAUACGAUAAAUUUCUCCCUGUCCUGGAAGAAAUUUUUUCACAUGUUAUUUGUUUUAUAAAUUAUAUGGAAAUGUGUAUCUGCAUCGUGCUGGAGCUCGAAGCAAAUAUAUUAUGUACAACUUGAUUCUGCAUUGUUGUACAUAGUCUGAAAUAGCUGAAUGACGAAAUAAAAUAUUUUUUAUUAAAAUAAUUUUGUUGCUGGUAAUUUUUUUAUUUGCUUAUUUUCUUAAAGGGGAAUGUGAUAUUGAACUUACCGAUAGAACUACUUGUUAAGAUACCAUGGCAUUGUGUGUAAAGAUCUAUUAUUAUCUGA